AUGAUAUUGCUUCACGGAUUGUAUCGAAUGAUUACUGACAAGAAGCUCUUCCAGGUCGAGGUCAUCAACCCUCUCUUCCUCCUGACGGCCAAGCCUGUCGUCUACCUCGUCAACCUCUCCGAGCGUGACUACGUCCGCAAGAAGAACAAGCAUCUCCCCAAGAUCGCCGAGUGGAUCAAGGAGAACGCCACUGGCGACCCCAUCAUCCCCAUCUCCGUUGCCUACGAGGAGCGUCUCAGCCGCUUCGAGACUGAGGAGGAGUCCCUCGAGGAGCAGAAGAAGGUCGGUGCUGACUCGGCCCUUCCCAAGCUCGUCAUCCAGAUGCGCAAGUCUCUCGACCUCGGCAGCUUCUUCACGACCGGCACGGACGAGGUCAGGCAAUGGACCCUGCGCAACGGCACCAAGGCCCCUGGCGCCGCCGGUGUCAUUCACACCGACUUUGAGAAGACGUUCAUCCAGGCCCUCGUCUACAACUUCUCCGUGCUGAAGGAGCUCGGAGACGAGUCCGAGGUUAAGGCCAAGGGCAAGGUCAUGACCAAGGGCAAGGAUUACGUCGUUGAGGAUGGUGACAUUUUGCUUAUCAAGGCCGGUGCGGCCAAGGCUUAG